AUGUCUUGGAGAAAUAGUAAUGAAACUUUUUAUGAUGGUUUCUUAUUCUAUGAGGCUACUGGAGACUCUGAGCUAGCUAAAGACUCCGACAUCAAUAUGGGAAACAUCCAAGAUAGUGAUGAUGCUGAAUCUUGUAGUUCUGACUCUGAUGAUCAUCAGUUGGUGGAUUUUCAGGAGGAAAAUGAGUGCGGCAUUGAUGAUUUUAGUGAUGACACUGAUCAUGAUGCUGAGCUCGGUAGUGGUGAGCAUCAAUGGUGUGGUCAAAUGAUGGUGUCGCCCACGGCUGGUGAAGAGGAAGGAGAAGUAGAAUCUAAACCUGCUGGUAACAUACAUGUUGAUAUAUUAAUGGUGGAUGAAACGGAAAAGAAUAGAAUAUUUUGGGAGACUUGUUUAGAAGUGGGAUACCCUUGA